CAAGAGAUCAGGCCGUGUCCUCGAUGAGACAUCAUGGAAGCUGUGGUCGAUAAGAAGUGAGGCGCCUUCCGUCUGAGCUGUGACCGUGAACACUGCUAUAUCAUCCCCCACCUGCACGGAGUUGUAUCGGAGGCUUCACUGUGAGAGGAAGGCACAGCACGGUGCGCGACAAGCGUCAGGGCGCAGCAGCCAAGUGGGGAGGAGUGCGGAAGCUUCAAGUCACUGAAUGGAAAGUUUGCUCUGACACUAACUUUUAUUUUUGACUCACUGGGGGGGUGAAGACGACACCAAAGGUUUAAGGAGUCUGUUGUCGCCAUGUGCGCACCGCUGUUUCUCCAGAUGUGGAUGGUUUUAUUGUUAGGGGCUUUAACCGGGGUCGGGAGGGCUCAGGUCUCCACGGUCAAAGUGAUAAGAGGCAACAUGAGGAGAGACGACAGCAAUCGCCUCACCACAGACUUGUACCGCAAAGAGGAAAACAUCACAGUAACACCAGUGGGUGGAGCCAUCCACAGCCCACGCUACCCUAAUGCUUAUCCCCGCAACCUGCUGUUGUCAUGGAAACUGCUGUCACCGCCAGGGAGCCGCAUUCACCUGGAGUUUGACGGACACUUCGGCCUGGAGGAGGCUGAGAACGGAGUCUGCAGGUAUGACUUUGUUGAAGUGGAGGACCAAUCAGAGACAAGCACUGUAAUUUGGGGUCGCUGGUGUGGGCAGAAAGCUCCACCUCGCCUCAACUCCAAAAGCAACAUGCUCAGAGUCACCUUCAAGUCUGAUGAUUACUUUGUUGCAAAGCCGGGAUUCAAAGUCUACUACUCCCUGCUGUAUGAUUCUCCUCUACCUGCAGUCAACACCAACUGGGAAGCUGUCACUAUGCUCAUGUCGCAGGACAGCGGCGGAGGGCAGAUGAUGCCUGUCACAGUCACAGAGGGUCCUUUCUCACUGGAGGAUCUGGACCGGACCAUAGCUGCCUUCGACACCGUGGAGCAGCUUCUCAAAUCCCUGAACCCAGACACCUGGAAACAGGACCUGGACAGCAUCUACACUCAGACACACAUCCAUUAUAUAUCCAGGACCUAUCUUCUGGCAAGCAGACAUAAUAAAGUUGAUCUGAACCGUCUAUAUGAUGACGUCAAGCGCUACAGCUGUACCCCACGCAACUACUCUGUAAACCUGCGCGAGGAGCUGAGGGCCACCAAUGCCGUCUUCUUCCCUCGAUGUCUGCUGGUCAAACGCUGCGGAGGCAACUGUGGCUGUGGAACUAACAACUGGAACAACGGCUGCACCUGUCAAGCCUCCAAGACGGUGCCCAAACUACACGAGGUGCUGAAAUACGCCCCAGAGGUCAGUUCGCCUCAACACCACCGGCGGCCGAAGGUGCGUUGGAUCAUAGACGAGAUCUUCCUCACACACCAUGAAACGUGCGAGUGUGCGUGUCCCUCCCAGCCUCCUCGCUGAGACACUCCGGACAGGCACGUGCCUCUGGAACUGUUGGACGAGUUCUUCCUUUAUCUAUUUGUGCAGCGCACUUCAUGUAAAAACAGCAACGCAGACACGCGGUAAAGAAGACAGCAUUAUGACCGGCAAACCGCAGCUCGCAUCAUAUGACUUCUGGUCUUGCAACAAACUACAUUCCUCUGUUCACAGGACACCACUGCAAAUGCAAAAAUGUUUCAAGCCAAAGCUAUUUGUUACUCAACUUUCCCACAACAUGGAUUAAAAAUCAGCUUCAACCGAAAUAAACAUCACUUGUGCUCCGUGAAAUGUUAAAAUAACUGUGGAUCUCCAGAGGAAUUCACUUAGCUCCAAAAGGUAAAAAUUGAAAAUCAUUUUGGAUAGAAAAAAUACCACAUAGCACAAAUACUCCUAAACCUACAUUUCAUUAUUUAUUAAAAGAGUUUAUUAGAUGAAAACUAGAUUAGAAUUCAAAUAGAAUUGGCUUAGACUGCUACGCAACCAAUAUUUUAUUCCAAUUUCACAUGUAUGUCUUUAGGUCUGUUAGAAUAAGACUGUUUCUAGAAACUGCAGGCACUUCUUCAGCCAGGAGCCCACUGAGAUGAGUGAGCGUGAGACAGAAGGAGGGAGUGAGAGGGUUUUGGAGGAAGUGUAAACCAAAAUACCACUUUAUCUUGAUGUGAAAUUAGGCUAACCACAACCUUCCAGAUCUGAACUGCACGCUAACACACUCGCACACACACCUACUCCAGGCUUCCACUGCUACGUAAAGAAAAAAACGGUAGUUAUUUCUAUUGAAUCCUGCACCGCUCUAUUUUUCAGUGAAGGGCUCUUUUGUCUGAAUAUAUCCACUCUUCUCUUUUGUCUUCCUCAGUAACUCCAUCUCUAACACACACUUUCUCGCUCAGUUCUUCUCUCACCCUCAAAAACACCAAAGGAGAUGUCAGAUCAGGCCGCUGCCCAUUUUUUCGGAACAUUCCUGGCAUUCCAGUUGCUCACCGGAAUUCUGCCAACACGGAUAAAACCAAGAGCUGCAGACCCUAAAGACAUAACAGAGGAAAGAUGCUCAGGAAGAGAGACGGAGAGGAAGUAUUUUAGGACAAAAUGGUUGGCAGAAAAGGGCUAUCGAGCUGCCGAGUUGUAGAUUAGGGGCACUUCUGGAUGAGAGCUGCAGAGGGGGGACCACUUUCAAGAUGUGACACAGAAAAACAAAUGGCUGCUCCUUCAGUGGUUUCAAUCAGUAUGCAUAGCUUUUUUUGGCUGGUAGCUUUUUCUAUUUCAUAAAAGUACUAAUAUGUGUCACAAUCUGACCCUCUGUGUCAUGUCGGUUGCAGCACCACAGGGAAAAAGAGAUCUGAGAGAAUUAGUGUAAUGCUCUGAUACUUCAGAGAGGAAGUGUGUGUGUGUGUGUGUGUGUGUGUGUGUGUGUGUGUGUGUGUGUGUUCGUCUGUGUAAGUGUGUGAGUGCUCAGGAAGAGGUCCUUUUGUUUCAAGGGGUAGAGGGUUACCAACAGUCUGCAAGAGCUGGCAGCAGAUACAAGCAUGUGAGCGGUCGGCAUGUGACUGCGCACGCCAGUGUGUGCUUGUGUAUGUGUGUGCCCUUGUGUGUCGUGUCUGUAGGUAGAUAGCUCGAUUAUCAAAGCAACAGGGCAGCAAGAAUUCAAACUAACUGCUCAACAUUUCCAUACCCAUGAGCCAGCUGUGAGAAAUAAAAGACGCCUUCAUCUGUCAUCACUCCAUCUUCACCUACUGUGUAUCCCAGCAUCACAAACUCGCUUACAGGCUGGAUUCACGCAGGGAGAAUGGGAUUUGACGCACUACUUCUGUUUAAAAGAGAAUAACUGGACACAGAUGAUUUCCUCAGUCACAGCAAAACCCCAUCAGCUGACGGCAGUUUGAUGUGCACGUCUGUGCUGUAAGUCAACUCAUGAUACUUGGCAGGUGUGGGAUACAAAUAUGUUUUAAAAGUGUGAUAGUCAUAUUCCAAAUAAUCUCGCACACGCACACACACACAGACACACACAGACACACACACCUUUUUAUGAAAUCAAAUUUCAUAUUUUGUUUGGAAUAUAAAUGUAUGUGAGGGGUGUGUGUGCAUCCUGCGUCUGCCGGCGUUAUCAGCACAUUCCAUUGUUGCACGCUCCAAAGAGCUCAGUUUCCUCUUGUGGUUCUUGACAAUAGAACCAUGUGUAUUUCAAAGUCUGACGUUUGAACCUGCUUGUUUUUUUUACUCACACCAAGUAAGAACAGCUAAGACCUUUGGGAACAUUUCAGAAUAAUCUACUUUCAAUAAUAUUUGCUCCAGAGUUUCAGCCUGUCAUGUUUCAAAUCUCAGAAAUGAUUUAAGUUUCAACACAAAAAUGUCCUUUGAUGUAUUCAGAAAAUAAUGUAGUCUGUAUGAAACUGUAUUCUUUACUUCAAUAAUUUAUUGUCAUUCUCGGUUGUUUUAUUAAAAAUAUCAGCUUGGUUUUGAUAA